AUGUUUAUCAAAGAAACUAAUUUCUUUUUAUUUUCUACAAAAAUUUUAUAUAUGCUAUUAUCAUUCAAUGCCAUAGUAGAAUAUUUUACAAAAUCAAUUACAGGUUUAGGAUGGGUUUCCUUUUUAGAUACAAGAGAAUUUGACCCAAUUGUCUUACCCAUUUUGAAUAUCUGGGAUAAGAAGCUAUUAGUUUUGGAUCAAUUUUUUACCAAAAUUUUAUUUGCUGAGUCACCAUUAGAAACUUUGAUUAUUAGCAUGAUAAUAUUUAUGACUCAUCAAUUACUUACUCAUAUUUCAAUUUUUAAUUUAUUGAUAAUCUGUGAUAUUCUAUUAUUUACUUUACCAAAAUAUUUUCUUAGGAAUGAAUUGGGAUUUGAUUCUUUUAUUUUUAAUAAUAGAACAAAAACUUCAAAUGUUAGAAUAUUCUUUGCUUCAACAAGGGGUAAGGAAAAGCUAAGUCCUAAACAAAAAACUGCAAGUGUUGAACAAGAGCGGCUACAACUUGCUGAGCCAUCACCAAUAUCUCUUUCACACCCAAUAGGAAUACCACAAUUAGUUUCAUUCCCUAUGUCUCAACUUAAUGAUGGUGAAUGCAAAUUAGGUACUGAAAAUACUCUACCAAGAACUUCUUCCAAAGAACAAACAUUACAUACAAGUAGACAAAACACAAAUGGAUUACCCAUUUUAAAAGAAAAUCCCACUAGCAUCGAAUCUAUAUAUAGAAAUAAGGUUCCAAAUGCAACAGCGCCUUCUUUGGAUAUUGGAGAGUUAAUGCAACAAACACAUAUACAAUAUGAACAAGAAUAUAUUAGUGAUGAAGAAAAAAAUUCGGAAACUGUAGGAAAUGAUUAUACAACCGUGUCAUAUAAUUAUCAUCCAAGAACAAAUAUGCUCAAUGAAGACAAUGUUCCAAAUCAUUUGGCAUCAGGCAAAUUAAAAAUAAAGACAGCACAAAAUCCAUUUGAUCCUCUAUAUGAUAGACAAUCAAAUAACCCAUCAUCUAUAAUCUUACCAAAUUCAAAAAAUAAAAAUGAACAGAGUUCAACUAUUGUGUAA